AUGGCUUUCAGCUUCGGGGCGUCCAGCCCCGCUGGCGGCAAUAUUCCAGCGGAACUAGGCCCUGAGCUCCCAGACGUCUCUGCUGAGGAAGUCGGUUUCAAAGGUGUCUCAAGCGACAGCAACGUUCGAUUACUUCCCACCCCUUGGCCUGACAAUGCCCUUCCGGCUCCAUCAUCCUCACUUCUAGCUGUCGCACCCACAAAAGGCGUCAUAGUCGGUGCGGGUCCCGACUCAUUAGCAGUUGCCUCCUCCGACGCAGUCAGGAAAGCUAUUUCCGCUCCCACCGAAGACAAGGCCAAAACAAAACCCUUUCAACCACAAGCAACGAUACCCCUUCCUGCACGUCCCACGCAUGUAGCCUUCGCGUCAGGUGAUGACGCUCUAAUCCUAGCCACAGAGAACAGCUCUCAGCUUCUGGUUUACGAGACUACUAGUUUGACAACGGGCAAUGCGCAACCAGCCUUGUCUAUCCCAACGAAUGGCGCCACUUUUCGAUCCCUUGCUCCGAAUCCUGCGCCGCCAUCGGAUGAGGCGCAUUCGUCGCUUGUCGCGCUCAUCACGACUAAUGGCGAGCUCCUGGUUGCCAAUCUUAAGGCGGGAAACCUAGUUUCGGGGCCAAAUGGCAAUGUCUUGAAGACCGGUGUGAGCUCCGUUUGCUGGAGUAACAAGGGGAAGCAACUCGUUGCUGGACUUGCUGAUGGAACUGGUUACCAAAUGACCCCCGAUGGUACUCAGAAAGACUUGAUACCACGUCCGUCUGAUCUAGAAGGAAACUGCCAUGGUAACGCUCAAUGCCACAUCUCAUAG